AUGAAGACUGCGAAGCUACCUCAAGCGGACGCUGGUCCCUCCUCAAAUAGAAGAGCUCAACCUGUUCGCCAAACCCGAGCAAAUCCCCCGCGAACGUCGUCUGGUAUAGCCCGCACUUUCGCUGGCAGAGAUUCGCUCGGAGGCGGCCAUAGUCACGAUCAACCUAUCGAGGUUUUCCCCGCAAUUACAUACUUCACCGAUUCUAUAACGUCGCUCCCUAAAGAUCUCGUCCGACAUUUCACCCUUUUAAAAGAAGUCGACGCAAAGAUAUUUGCUCCCGAAGAAACCCUCUUCCAACUUGUCGACGCCGUUCUCAAGUCGAGCCCCUCCGAACCUAGGAACACUAAUGAUGCAUCCGGUAGCAUCGUCACCGCCUCGACGCCAAUGAGCGCCCAGAAUAGCUCAAGCGGGUUCGCUGCGAAUGGCAAUACUAGAUCGAUCGACGAUAACUACAGCUCUACGGUAUUUAACCCGAGUAAUCUCCCGCGACGGCAGCUAUUUCAUCAAACCGCCCUCAAAGUUCAGGAAAUGCUAGUGUCCUUAGAAGAGAAAAACCAUGUCAUAUCGACUGCGAACGAGGCGCUAUCUAAACAACUAGCUCGGAUCAAUGACGUCUGGCCGCACCUCGAGGGUGAGUUCAGCGACGAAGCUAAAUGGGGCAGCACUACACACUGGGCCUAUCCAGAGAACAGGAUCAAUCGAGCAAACCAAGCUGAGCGAUCGCGCCGAGAUGGGGCAGCUACUAUUACAGCUGCGGCCCAGCAGCUUGCAGAAGAAGCUGCAGCACGAAGUGACGCGAGAAAACAAGCCAUCAUAGCCAAGAAAGGGCUUAAGAAUCAACACCAAGACUCGGAUGUAGAUGACCAUGAGAACAAACAUAAGGGAGAACCGACAAAAAAGGCAUCUAAUAACCACGGCAGUAAGGCUCGAAAAGCCGCAGAAACGGCCGCGCCUGUUGGACUGGGUAUUACUUCAGGCACUGUUGCGAACAUUCCCAACGGCAAUCCUCCAUCUAAGAGACGAAAAGUGGAAGCAAAUAAGCCAGCUAAUGGGGGGCAGCCAAUGGAACGCGCAAUGAGCUCUGUCUUCGGCAAUGGAACGAAGCCCAAAAACUCGAGCCCCAGGGCAACACCUGCACCUGAACCGCCUAAGAAGCGCAAAGCUCUUCCUACUGUAAACGGUACCUCGAAAAAGAGUUUAUUAACUUGGAGAUUCUCCCCUAGCAAAACGACUACCGCAGCCGCCGUGCUUUCUCCUUCCAUCGCAGCAUCUCCAAUCCAACCAAAUUUCGAUCCCAAAGCCGCUUCCCGCGGUUCACCUGCGCCUUCCACAACCUCAGCACGCCCCGCAUCGUCUCGAGCGAGACAAAACUCGAUACAAUCCACUGUAGAAAAUGGUCGGCAGCGACCUACUUCAUCUGCCUCAAACAGGCCAAACGGUGUCACGGCUACAACUCCAGAGCUUACGGUGGCGCAUAACGGCAUUCGUCCCCCAGCUGAUACUAAGCAAAGCAAAGAAACCGUAGCAACUGUGAAGGUCGAGGCUACUAGGGAAGAAGCGGUCCUUACCAUCGCCAGUACUAGUACCGCCACUACAAGUAACAAGGCCAUACCCAAAGGUGACGAUGCGGAACCUAAAGGGGAUCCUACACAAACCCCAUUAACGGUAUCCACACCUGUUGUCACCACCAAGAGUGGACGAGCCAGUAAGCCGUCAACGCCAGCAUUGGGAUCAUUUCCAGACCCUCCACCACGAUCUCGGUCAUCACGAAAUGCGUCGACUACCAACGGGAAGAGGAGCCAUAAGAAAGGCGCAGCCCAGCAACUCGCAGCUCGGCUCGCGAAUGCAGAUGCGAACGGUAGUAUACAAGGCGACGACGACGCUGAUGUUGAUGCUGACGAGCCACUGUACUGUUAUUGCAAUGGUGUCAGUUAUGGUGAGAUGGUCGCAUGCGAUGCCGAUGAUUGUGAACGAGAGUGGUUCCAUCUCGAUUGUGUCGGCCUAAAAGCAGCCCCGCCGUCGAAUAUGAAAUGGUAUUGCGAUAAUUGCAAGGAUCGCAUGAGAGCCGGGAAGAAAGUAAAUGGCAGAUGA